AACUUCAGAUCAUUUCAAAACUAUUAUUAUCGUUGUUGAAUUAUAUGCAUGCUUGUAGCUCUUCAAGUGAAGUCCAAAGCUGCAGACUCUGUGAAGGUGAAAGGGCUACUCGGUGAAUGGACCGCGAUUAUGACGUGGUCGUGACUGCCUCUUGAAGCAUUUUUGAUUUUUGACAACUGCUUUUGAACUUUGAUACGUCCGCAUUUUUGGGUUCGUAGUGCUUUAUCCAUUAUCUAUAGUAUACACUAGAAGAAGGAAAGAGUCCGGUUCAUUGGACAAGUGUGCCCAAUCUGCCUGGAGUUGCCUAGGCGGAGUCAUUCCCAGCCAUCUUCUUUAACAGAGCCUCGAGCCUCUUCACCCCAUACUUUGGCAUAAAUUCCAUUAUUCUUCCAGAGCAAUAUGGAUGCCGAGCCAUCAUACAGAAAGCCUACAAGAGCUUCUCUAGGCCGAGUCAGGAUGUUCGUCAGCACACCCCCAAAGAAGAAAAUUGACAAGAAGCAAAUGGAAGAACGACAACGGCUUACGAAGGUUCGAAUCGAGUCUGCGGAGAAACUUCGACUUCUGGUCGCCCCAUCUCUCAGAUGGCCAACCAGAAACUCUGUUCGAGUCUUUAGAGAGGGUCAAGCGAAGCUUGCAGCGAAGGGCGCAACUCCGUCCAAGCAAUCCUCCAAUACCCAACCUGCUUCUGGUGGAAGCUCCUCUACUACCAACAACCCUUCCAGCUCGCCUUCAAGAUUUCCCUUCUCUGUCCAAAAUUCUAAAGACUUAUCAACAUUUCCCAAGUUCCCAGUCCUCCCUACAGAAUUGCGUCUUCAAAUAUGGAAAGAGGCACUUUCGGCCCCCAAGUUCAUAGAGCUACAGUAUUGGACCAACGACGCAACGAAGACUCCAUAUCACUAUGCCCCGAGUGUGGAAAAAUCUCAAAUCAUCAACUACCAACGAUACGAGCCACUCUUCUCGGUCUGUCUAGAAAGUCGGGAGGUAGCUCAAUCAUUCGCUCCUAAACAUAGCAAGCUUUCACACCUCAAGAUCACUCAGGAUUCAUGGGGAAAUGUACUUCCAGCCUUGAACCCAGAACCAGUCUUCACCCCAGAACGAGAUACCAUCUUCUUCCGCCCCAUGGACCACUCUCUGGGAAACAGUCUCCGCUCCCUGCCCUCCAACUUCCGCGGCCACAUUGUCCGUAUUCAACACAUCGCCAUUCCGCUCGACCUAAAAAAAGGUGUCUCGAGCACUCGCUGGUGGGCAUCCGAGCUCGUGGCCUUUCCCAAACUCAAGACUUUAACUUUCAUGCUUGGCUGUACGGAGAAGUCUUGGACGGGAGAUCGGUCCAUCGAGUUGAGGGACAUGGAGCAAUGGUUUGUGGAUGGGAGGAAGAGGACUGUGGAGAUCGAUCUAGAGUGGCCGAGUGAGCGGAUGUGGCAGAAGCGGAAUGCGGGGGUUGUUGAUGUCUCUGAGCUUCCGGCCUUUGUUGCGAGAGCGGUGCCGCAUAGGCAGCUCGCGGUUAGGGUUGUGGCUUGGAAGAGGUUGCGUUCGAAGUAGUGGUGUGUCAUGACAGUACUUUUGUGCCGUGCCUUUCUCUUGCUCUGCUGUUGGAAGGUUGCACUUGGUCAGGGAACGGUAAUGACUUACGGCCGAAUCAUAAUUAAGCAAUGAAUACUUUCUCGAGC